AUGAGAGAAGUCAUCAGUCUCAACGUCGGCCAGGCUGGCUGUCAAAUCGCCAACUCUUGCUGGGAGCUCUACUGUCUUGAGCAUGGGAUUCAGCCUGAUGGUUAUCUCACCGAAGAACGCAAAGCCGCCGUCCCUGACCAAGGUUUCAGCACCUUCUUCUCCGAGACCGGAAAUGGCAAAUAUGUUCCCCGAACCAUCUACUGCGAUCUCGAGCCGAAUGUCGUCGACGAGGUCCGCACCGGCCCUUACCGAAGCCUCUUCCAUCCGGAACAGAUGAUCACUGGAAAAGAGGAUGCGUCCAACAACUAUGCUCGUGGUCACUACACUGUCGGAAAGGAACUCAUUGACCAGGUUCUGGACAAGGUCCGCCAUGUUGCCGACAACUGCAGUGGUCUUCAGGGAUUCCUCGUCUUCCACUCCUUUGGUGGUGGUACAGGCUCUGGCUUUGGCGCCUUGUUGAUGGAACGUCUGUCUGUGGACUACGGAAAGAAGUGCAAGCUCGAGUUCUGCGUGUACCCUGCACCUCAGGUGGCCACAUCGGUUGUCGAGCCAUACAACUCAAUCCUUACCACCCACACCACAUUGGAGCAUUCGGACUGCAGCUUCAUGGUCGACAAUGAAGCAAUCUACGAUAUCUGCCGACGAAACCUCGGUAUCGAGCGACCAAACUACGAGAACUUGAACCGAUUGAUCGCCCAAGUCGUCUCUUCCAUCACUGCCUCUCUUCGAUUUGACGGAUCCCUGAACGUCGACCUUGCAGAGUUCCAGACCAACCUUGUCCCGUAUCCUCGCAUUCACUUUCCCCUGGUUGCGUAUGCUCCGGUGGUGUCAGCUGCCAAGGCACAACAUGAGGCCAACUCGGUCCAGGAGAUCUCUAUGUCUUGCUUCGAACCCAACAACCAGAUGGUCAAAUGCGACCCCCGUAACGGCAAAUAUAUGGCUACCUGCCUGCUCUACCGCGGUGAUGUUGUCCCCAACGAUGUCCACCAAGCUGUUGCGACUCUCAAGACCAAACGCACCAUUCAAUUUGUCGAUUGGUGCCCGACUGGGUUCAAGAUUGGUAUCUGCUAUCAACCACCUCAAAUGGUGCCUAAUGGCGAUCUGGCCAAGGUCAACCGUGCAGUUUGCAUGCUUUCCAACACUACCGCAAUCGCUGAGGCUUGGUCCGCAUUGUCUCACAAGUUCGACUUGAUGUACUCGAAGCGCGCUUUCGUCCAUUGGUACGUUGGAGAGGGCAUGGAAGAAGGCGAAUUCUCCGAAGCCCGUGAAGACUUGGCCGCUCUGGAGCGUGACUAUGAAGAGGUUGCGAGUGAUUCGAUUGAGGAGGGCGAUGGUUCGGAGCUUGAGCACUAG